CACCCUGAGGGGCCGGUUCCGGGACGGGACGCUCGUCGUUCUCUUCCCCGCGCCACGUCCGCGGCUCCCCGGCCCCCGGCCCCGUGGCGCGCCGCGUGCUGGCCGGUGUCGCUCUCCGGGCCGGUGUCGCUCUCCGCCGUCCCCAGUGGAGACCGCCCUGCUGCGUCCCGCGCCCGAGGCGGAGGAGCGGGCCCAGCGGCAUGUCGCCCGCGCCACAGGACCGCGCGCCCGCGGCGGGCGUGAAGAGACCCUUGCGGGCCGAGAUCGAGGGCGUCCUGCGGGAGAGGAUCAUGGUCCUGGAUGGCGGGAUGGGGACCAUGAUCCAGCGGCACAAGCUGAGCGAAGAGGACUUCCAAGGCCAGGAAUUUAAGGAUCACGCCCUGCCGCUGAAAGGCAACAACGACAUCCUGAGUAUAACUCAGCCCGACGUCAUUUAUCAAAUCCAUAAGGAUUACCUGCUGGCUGGGGCUGAUAUCAUUGAAACAAACACUUUUAGCAGCACUAACGUUGCCCAAGCUGACUAUGGCCUGGAGCACUUGGUCUACCGGAUGAACAAGUGCUCUGCGGCCGUGGCCAGGAGAGCGGCCGAGGAGGUCACGCUCCAGACAGGAGUUCAGAGGUUUGUGGCAGGAGCGCUGGGUCCGACUAAUAAGACGCUCUCUGUUUCCCCAUCUGUGGAAAGACCAGACUUCAGGAACAUCACUUUUGAUGAGCUCGUUGAGGCAUACAAAGAGCAGGCCCAAGGGCUCCUAGAUGGUGGGGUCGAUAUCUUACUCGUUGAAACUAUUUUUGAUACUGCCAAUGCCAAGGCAGCCUUGUUUGCGCUCCAGAACCUUUUUGAAGAGACCUAUGCUCCCCGGCCCAUCUUUAUUUCAGGAACAAUUGUCGAUAAAAGUGGGCGGACGCUUUCUGGACAGACAGGGGAGGCGUUUGUCAUCAGUGUGUCGCACGCAGACCCACUCUGCAUUGGAUUAAAUUGUGCUCUGGGUGCAGCUGAAAUGAGACCUUUCAUUGAAACAAUUGGCAAAUGUACAACAGCCUAUGUCCUCUGCUAUCCCAAUGCAGGUCUUCCCAACACCUUCGGUGACUAUGAAGAAACGCCAAGCAUGAUGGCCGUGCACUUAAAGGGCUUUGCUAUGGAUGGCUUGGUCAAUAUCGUUGGUGGAUGCUGUGGUACGACACCAGAUCACAUCAGGGAAAUUGCUGAAGCUGUAAAAAACUAUAAGCCUCGAGUUCCACCUGCCACAGUCUUCGAAGGGCAUAUGUUAUUGUCCGGUCUAGAGCCCUUCAGGAUUGGACCCUACACCAACUUCGUUAACAUCGGAGAGCGCUGUAACGUGGCGGGAUCCCGCAACUUCGCUAAGCUCAUCAUGGCGGGAGACUAUGAAGCAGCCCUGAGUGUUGCCAAAGCGCAGGUGGAAAUGGGAGCCCAGGUGUUGGACAUCAACAUGGAUGACGGCAUGCUGGAUGGUCCAAGCGCAAUGGCCCGGUUUUGCAAACUCAUUGCUUCCGAGCCUGACAUUGCCAAGGUGCCCCUGUGCAUUGACUCUUCCAACUUUGCUGUGAUCGAGGCCGGACUCAAGUGCUGCCAGGGCAAAUGCAUCGUCAACAGCAUCAGCCUGAAGGCAGGGGAGGCCGACUUCCUGGAGAAGGCUGGUCUGGUCAAGAAGUUCGGCGCUGCCGUGGUUGUCAUGGCCUUUGACGAAGAGGGACAGGCGACAGAAACAGACACCAAAAUCCAAGUGUGCACCCGGGCCUACCAUCUCCUUGUGGGAAAACUGGGCUUUAAUCCAAAUGACAUCAUAUUUGACCCUAACAUCCUCACCAUUGGGACUGGGAUGGAAGAACACAGCUUGUAUGCUGUGAAUUUUAUCCAUGCAACCAAAGCCAUUAAACAAACGUUACCUGGAGCCAAAAUCAGUGGCGGUCUUUCCAACCUGUCCUUCUCCUUCCGAGGAAUGGACGCCAUCCGAGAAGCCAUGCACGGGGUUUUUCUUUACCACGCCAUCAAGUUUGGUAUGGACAUGGCGAUCGUGAAUGCAGGGAACCUCCCCGUGUACGAUGACAUCCACAAGGAUCUCCUCCAGCUCUGCGAGGACCUCAUCUGGAACAAGGACCCCGAGGCCACGGAGAAGCUCCUGCGUUACGCCCAGACUCAAGGCAAAGGAGGGAAGAAGGUCGUGCAGACCGAUGAGUGGAGGAGUGGCCCCGUGGAAGAGCGCCUGGAGUAUGCCCUCGUGAAGGGCAUUGAAAAACAUAUUAUUGAGGAUACCGAGGAAGCCAGGUUAAACCAGGACAAAUACCCCCGCGCUCUGCAUAUAAUUGAAGGGCCUUUGAUGAACGGCAUGAAAGUUGUCGGUGAUCUUUUUGGAGCCGGAAAAAUGUUUCUGCCUCAGGUUAUAAAGUCAGCUCGGGUCAUGAAGAAGGCCGUUGGCCACCUCAUUCCCUUUAUGGAAAAAGAAAGAAAAGAAGCUCAAGUGCUUUCUGGCACCGUCGAAGAAGAGGACCCUUACCAAGGCACCAUCGUGUUGGCCACCGUGAAAGGCGACGUGCAUGACAUCGGCAAGAAUAUCGUUGGAGUCGUUCUGGGCUGCAAUAAUUUUAGAGUCAUUGACUUGGGAGUCAUGACGCCCUGUGAUAAGAUCCUGAAAGCGGCUCUUGACAACAAAGCAGAUAUAAUUGGCCUGUCAGGACUCAUCACUCCUUCUCUGGAUGAAAUGAUAUUUGUUGCCAAGGAGAUGGAGAGAUUAGCUAUAAAGAUCCCCUUGUUGAUUGGAGGGGCCACCACUUCUCGAACCCACACGGCGGUGAAGAUCGCACCCAGGUACAGCGCGCCCGUGGUGCACGUCCUGGACGCGUCCAAGAGCGUGGUGGUGUGUUCUCAGCUCUUAGAUGAGAAUCUGAAAGAUGAGUACUUUGAGGAGAUCACAGAAGAGUAUGAGGAGAUUAGACAGGACCACUAUGAGUCUCUCAAGGAGAGAAGAUACUUAACCUUGAGUCAAGCCAGAAAGCACAGCUUCCAUAUUGACUGGCUGGCUGAGCCUCCCCCAGUGGAGCCCUCGUUUCUCGGGACGCGGGUCUUUGAGGACUACGACCUGCAGGCGCUGGUGGGCUACAUCGACUGGAAGCCUUUCUUUGACGUGUGGCAGCUCCGGGGCAAGUACCCGAACCGCGGCUUCCCCAAGAUAUUUGACGACAAGUCUGUAGGUGAAGAGGCCAAAAGGCUCUAUGAUGAUGCCCAGAACAUGCUGAGAGCUCUGAUUGGGGAGAAGAAGCUGCGGGCCCGGGGCGUGGUGGGGUUCUGGCCCGCGCAGAGCGAGCAGGACGACAUUCACCUGUACCCCGUGGGCUCCGAGCCCCGGGCCACGCAGCCCAUCGCCACCUUCUAUGGACUGAGGCAGCAGGCGGAGAAGGAUUCUGCCAGCACAGACCCGUACCUCUGCCUUGCGGACUUCAUCGCGCCGCUGCACUCGGGCCUCCGGGACUACCUGGGCCUGUUUGCUGUCGCCUGCUUCGGGGUGGAGGAGCUGAGCCGCGCCUACGAGGAGCAGGGUGACGACUAUAGCAGCAUCAUGGUCAAGGCACUGGGGGACCGGCUGGCGGAGGCCUUUGCGGAGGAGCUCCACGAGAGGGUGCGCAGAGAGCUGUGGGCCUACUGUGGCAGCGAGGAGCUGGAUGUCGCCGACCUGCGAAGGCUGCGCUAUGGGGGCAUCCGCCCGGCGCCCGGCUACCCCAGCCAGCCCGACCACACCGAGAAGCUCACCAUGUGGAAGCUGGCUGACAUUGAGCAGUGCACAGGCAUUCGGUUAACAGAGUCAUUAGCGAUGGCUCCUGCUUCAGCCGUGUCCGGUCUCUACUUCUCCAAUUUGAAAUCCAAAUACUUUGCUGUGGGGAAGAUUUCUAAGGACCAGGUUGAGGAUUAUGCUCUGAGGAAGAACAUGUCUGUGGCCGAGGUGGAGAAAUGGCUUGGACCCAUUUUGGGAUAUGACACAGACUAACUUUCUGUUUUUUACCUUUUCUAUACUUGAUGAGCCUCAAGGAAAUAUAGCCCAGAGUACCUUAAGGAAACGGCAACACACAGCCCACACACACGGGCAACAUCUGCGCGGCUUUGUGUGCCGUGGUUCGGUGAACCCUGAAGGAGCAGCGUCUCCCCUGGUUCCUGGGAACAAGCUGCAGUGUGACCCUCAACAGCAGCAACCGGGGCGUAUGCUCGGGGAUGAGCUGGAGAUGGGAGCCUGUGCAUGCCACAGCAAUCCACCUGCUGUUUUCAGUUUCACCUGGGACCUCGGAGGCCACUCGGUGUUGUUUUUUCAUCUCAGAAAAAAGGCGGAGACUCCAUGGAAUAGAGCACAUUGCCCUGUGGCAGAAUGGCGCUGUGAGCGGUGGGGCGUUUUAAUCCAGUGGCUGCCACCGUGGACUCUGACAGGGAAGAGAGGAUAACUGCUCUUUCAUCUCCUAAACGCGUAUUUAAAGGAUGGCAGACAUCCCUUUGGCAAAGGCACUCCGUAACUGCUGGCUUGUCAGAAAGACUCCAGCUGUUUGUGUUCGUGUGGUCAAAUACAGUCAUGCUCUCUAAGCAUUUUGUCCACUCAUGAUUCCAUGUUUCUUAGCUCUAAGGGUAAAAAAAGAUGGGAAGAGAGAGGGGCCGUUAAGGUUCGUUAACAUCCCUUUUAGUUGUUUUCCAGAGGCUGUGUGUAGUGGAAACUACAUCAGCAUAAGAAAGGACAUAGAAAUCAUGAAUAAGAACAAGUCGGAAAUGAAGAAUAUCGUACCUAAUACCAAGAAUACACUGGAAGGAAGUGAAAGUAGGCUGGAUGAAGUGGAUGAUCAAAUCAGUCAUUUGAAUGACAAGGUAGAAAAAACAACACCCAAUUAGAACAACAAGAAGAAAAAAGAAUUAAAAAGAACAAGGAUAGUUUAAGGGAACUCUGGGACAAUAUGAAACAUAACAACAUCCACCUCAUAGGGAUACCAGAAGGAGAAGAAAAUGAGUAAGGUAUGGAGAACCUCUUCGAAGUAGUGAUAAAACUUUCCUAACCUGGUGGAAGAAAAAGUCAGACAAGUUCAGGAAGCACAGAGGCCCAAUCAUGUUGAACCCCAAAGAGACCCACACCAGGACUUUGCGAAGCAGAAACCCUCCAUGGGAAAGGGCCAUAUUCAUGUCAAGGCUACUUCAGACAGGCCCAGCCCCUCUCUCCCUACCCCUUGAGAAGGUGGGAGGGCCCGUGUGAUUCUGUGUUAAGCCAUGGCUCCCUGACCGCAGCACUCCUUGCUUGGGUCCCAGUACUGAAACCGAGCAAAAGGGCAGUGGAGAGCUGGGCAGGGGGCAUAGUGCUGGGAACAAGGAGAGAGACACGGAGGCUCUGGCUUCGUGUCAGGAGAGCCGCAAGCCCGUCACUCAGCCGCGUGGAAAUAAAUAUGAGGAGUGCUAUUUGAUGAUAAAGCUGCAGCACCAGCAAUAGCAUACAUUCCCUUGUCACUUUCCUUGCUGUUCAGAAUUGCAAAAAAAUAAUCACAUACCCACACAUGUGUAUUUUUAGCUUUGUAUCUCAAAGCACUUGGCAAGCUGAAAAUUCAGGCACCAGCCACCUGCCACGACCAGCUUGUGACUCACAGGAACGCAGCCUCUCUGAGACAGCAGCUGCUCUGCAGCACAGGCGAGGCCACGGAGGCCUGGGCCGCACCUGGGGACAGGUGACAGGGCGGGGAGGCAGCCAAUCCAAGGAGCCAGUGGUGGAAUCCCAGCAGCAAACGUGGGCUGCACAGCCUCAUCCCUCCCGAAGCGCCUCGGAUGUUUUCAUGACCCCAGGAGCCUGAAACCUGCACCCGGCACCUGCCAGACCUAGACAAGAAAACACACCGUAGGCAUCCUGUAUGGAGUCGUCUGUGUCCAGGUGGCUGGGAGCUGGGGCUUACACAACAGGAUCCGUGAAAGCACAGAGCUUCCAUGAUCAGAGAUCGACACGCAACUUAAAGGCUGUGAGCAGAUGGGGCUGCGUGUGGCUGCCACGUGCUCACCUUUUCUGCAGCUGUUGGCCUUCACUGGGUUUCACUGGCCCGCUGUGGCGGUCGCCAUCUAAAGGUUCAGACUUACCCAAACAAACCAGAGUUUGUCAGAAUGACGUCUUGGAUCUUUCCCUUCAGUCUCAGAGGUUUAGAGUAGAAAACUGAGAAGUGCAGGCAGUGAGAAAGCGCCUGUGACCCUUGUCCUUCUCUCCUCACGGUUGUCUUCUGGCCAGUGAGUCACCGGCAGGAGGACGGGGCCGGCUGUGUGGAAUGGAGACGAAAAGAGCUGUUGCGUUGGGCGCCUGGCCUAUCUCGGGAUGUCGCCCUGCUUUGCGUUGUCUGUCACCCGCUCCUGCCGACAGGCCUGUGCUCACGAGCUUUGGCCAAGCUGACAAAGAGGGCACAGUUUUCUGUCCUUGUGCCCUGAGGCGGUGCCUCUGCAGGGUGGCCUUGUCCCCCCUGGCUGUGGCCUCUGUGACUUCCCAGGAGGAGGUGGGUGGGUCCCGUGAGCUCUUGUCUAACCUGGGGGUCAGCCUCUCACCAGCGGAACACUCCCCAGAAUGGCCCCUUGUGGCCCAAAGUCGCAGCCCUCAUGGGGAGGAGGGAGAAAACAGCCCCCGGUGGGUAAAAAGCCUCAGAUGGCACCGUCAGUACGAGACCGACAGUGAGCCCUACCAUACGCCAUGGCACAGCGAUGUGUCAGUGCAGGGUUAUUUCUAAAGGCUGCUCACAGAACCUCACAGCAACCCUAUAAAGCAGAGGAAAACGACUCACACCCUCUUGUGACCAGUGGCCCAGCUGAGGGCCCCGCCAGGUCACCUGACAACGGCCGCCUCUGGUGCCGUCACGGCUCACCCAGGUUGGGAACCUGCUCAUUUCCGGAUCGUACAGAUUUCGUGGCUCCUGUUUCUGGACAGUAAUUUUUCUUCUCACUGCAAACAGCAGUUCUCAUCACCAGUUGGAGCGCUCUUGCAAAAAGGGGUUAUUUAUAUUCAAAAUCACUUCAGAUACAGGGCUCAGAGUUUGGGUUUUUUUAAGGGACUGACAAAUGAAAACAUUUUUCUCCGUG